UGACUACUGUUUACUCAACUCAUUUUAAUAAAACACAAUCUUGUUGACAUUUGACUUAUACGACUCGCGUUUUCAAAACAUUAUGUUCUGUUACACAGUUCUAACCACUGCAAAUACGUUAAUUCAUUACGCGUAAAGCAGUCUUCCUUACUUUACGUCAUUUUCCUAAAUAUUAUAUACGUAAGGUUAUUGAAAAACACAAUUAAAGCUAUAGUAGCCAAAGAAAAUAUAUGCAAGUUGUUUUAACCCAGAGGAAGAAAACUCAAUAGUAUUAUUAGAUUUACAAAUGGAACAUAACAAUUAUCAACGGACAGGUGUCCGUGUUUACACAUUUGUUGAUGAGACAGAAAAACAAAAUUCUAAAUGGUGGCAUAAACUGUGUUUGCGAUGCCACCAACCUGACUCGACCCCGUCUUGGCGACCGUCAUGGUGGCAAAAGAUAUUUCCGUUUCCACUUUUCCCUACGUACAGACAGUCAGCGCAACAACUAUGUAUUUUAUUUUUCUUCUUAUUAAUAUGGGGUAUCGCGUACGUAGAAAUUGGAGAAGCAGUAACUCCAGAUGGAGAACUGUUCAGCAUGACUGUCCUAGUCAUAGUAGCGUACUUAAUGGGUUGGCUGUGGCUGAAGGUGACCACGCUGCCAGCGCUCAUCGCAAUGCUGCUCACAGGAAUACUGUUCCAGAAUCUCCACUUAGUGCACAUGACGGAUAAAUAUAGAAAACUUAAUCAAGAUCUGAGAAAAGUAGCGUUAGUUAUUAUACUGAUGCGAGCGGGGCUGGGACUCGACGCUAAAGUUUUAAAGAAACACUACACCGCGGUAUUACAACUGGGCCUGUUGCCGUGGAUAGUUGAAUGUUUUGCCAUAUGCGUGUCCUCCCAUUACUUUCUAUCGCUACCAUGGAUAUGGGGUUUUCUUCUAGGAUCUAUGAUAGCGUCAGUUUCGCCGGCAGUAGUGGUGCCGUGUCUGUUCCGGCUACGCGACUCAGGUUACGGUGUCGCUAAGGGUAUACCCACACUGUUGCUCGCCGCAGCUGCGAUUGAUGAUUCAAUAAGCGUGGCUGUGUUUGCUAUUAUUUUAAAUGCUAUGUUCUCGACGGGCUCGGUUACUUACAAUAUUGUCGUGGGACCUUUAUCAAUUUUAGCGGGCAUAGGAUUAGGAUCGCUUUGGGGAGCUAUAGCUUCCGUUAUUCCAGAAAAAGGAGAUACGUAUGUGGUGCCGUUGCGAUUUUUAAUUUUAUUUUUAGGAGGUCUAUUCUCACUGUUUAUAUCUAGUUUAAUUGGAUGGAGUGGAGCAGGUCCUUUGGCAAUAGUGUCUUCAGGGUUUGUAGCAGCAUUUUUUUGGGAAAGGCAAGGAUGGAUUGUAAAUAAGAACCCUGUUAGUAACAUCUUCAGAAUCUUAUGGAUAUUCUUUGAGCCAAUACUCUUUGCAUUUACAGGAGCACAAAUUACAAUUAGUUCUUUAGAUCCCGAAGUUAUAAAAAUGGGUGCAAUUUGUUUAGUGGCAUGCUUAAUCUUACGUAUGAUUGCUACCUUUCUGGUUAGCUUUGGAUGUGGACUGAACAAAAGAGAGAAGCUGUUUAUUGGAGUCACAUGGUUAGCUAAGGCCACAGUGCAGGCAGCAUUAGGACCGGCAGCUUUGGAUUUAGUAAGAAAUAGACAAACAUCUGGACUGCCGCCUCUCGAGGAAGAGAAAUACGCAAAAACAAUUCUGGCGAUGAGUGUACUUAGCGUUGUUUUGUCUGCACCAUUAGGAGCAAUACUUAUUGCUAUCACGGGACCGAAACUAUUGAGUCGGGAACCCGAAUCAAAAGCUCCUGAACGCAUUGACGGAAAUGUUGAAAGUGCAAGAACUCCCGCAAUAACGCCAUUGUGAUAUCAAUAAACAUAGCAAAA